GAUUCCUAUUUCUAUGGCGGUGGGUUGCUAUUAGCCUCUCGAAGUGUCAAAUAUCUUUGAUGAAAAGAAAUCAAAUUUAAUAUAUUCUGGACCAUGACUUGUCUGCAACCACCAUGGCUAUCUUCUUUGAACACCAUCAAAACCAUCUCCUCCACCAAGCCAAAGUUCACUUCUUUCAAACUCUCAUUCUCAGUCAAUUCAUCGUCCAACAAUGCUGAACAAUCUUCUUCACGAGCCACUUCAGACGACUCACCAGAACCUCCACUAGACCCUGUAAAGCUCGCUUUUGAAAAAGCCAAGGCCUAUAAGAAGACUAUACAGUCGGUCCCAGAUUCUAAAACCGAGCAAAACCCGGAUAUAGAUUCGGCCUUGAAUGGUGAUGGUGAUAAAAAAAUUCCAGCUUCAGUUAAGGCUGCAAUGGAGAAAGCAAAGGAGUAUAAGGGGAACAAAGGGAAUGUUGAGAAUGGAACAAGUUCAGGCUUGAAGGGAGAAGUUAAGGGCAACGUGCCAAAUGAAAUUGUGGAGAAGAGGGUUGGUAAGAAGGAAGAACUGAGGGUCUCAAACAUUGAUUUUAUGGGUCUGAACUUAGCCAAUAAGAAGGAGGGUAGGGCACUGCCUGCUGGAUUGGUUCCAGUGUCUGAUCCUUUUCCAGAAGGUGACAUUCCUGAGGUGGAGAUAAUUGUUGGCGACACCAGCAAGUUUGAGGAAACAACAGUGUCGAAGCCUGAGCCAAUUCAAGAAGACAAUUCUGAUCUUUACAAGCCGAGGGUUUCUACAUGGGGAGUUUUUCCUAGGCCUGGCAAUAUUUCUAAGACGUUUGGGGGUGGAAGAACUAUUCGCCCUGGAGAUGUUCUUGAAACAGCAGAAGAUAGAGCUGCUAAAGACAAGCGCACUAGAGAACUCCUUGCUGCCUACAAGAAAAAGGUUGGCUUAAAUGUAGAUCCGAAGCUAAAAUCUGAGUGUGAGAAGGCAUUGAAGGAUGGUGACUCCUUGAUGGAUUCUGGGAAGCUUAAGGAAGCUUUGCCUUACUAUGAAAAGGUUAUGAGUAAAAUGACAUUCAAGAGUGAACUUCAUGGAUUAGCUGCUUUGCAGUGGUCUAUUUGUCAGGAUUCUCUUCGUAGGCAAAAAGAGGCUCGAAUUAUGUAUGAGAAGCUUCAGUCUCACCCAAAUGCCAUGGUGAGCAAGAGGGCCCAGCAAUUUGUGUUCAGCUUUCAGGCCAUGGAAAUGAUGAAGGUCACAAGCUCAAAUCUCCCUCAAAACACAGGGUACCAGAACUAUUUUGAGGCUUUUAUUGAAGGUAAAACCAAUUACCUUCUCCAAGAGGCUGGCAUGGAGGAAGGUGCACUGAGUCAAGCCCUCCCAUAUAUGAUUUUUCUUGUUUCUCCCAUUUUAAUAGUACUCUUUAUUGCUGUACAGAAAGGGAGCAUAAAUUAGAAAUUUAGAAUAUCCAACUAGGAUGUAAUUAACCAGUUUUGUAUCUCAAAAUGUAUAGUAUCAAGGUUAUUCAAUUGUAUCAAAAGAGUUAAAUCCAUGUUUAAAAAAUUUCUUUAAAAAAAUAGUAAAAUAAGAGCUGCUAUAUGUCUUGUGCAAAAGUUACUGCAUUCUAGAUAGUUACAUUACAAUAGGGCAUAUAGUCUUGAUAAUGACUCACUAGAGCUGCCGUCAAAGAUAGGAAUGAGGAGCUGACCCCACAAGAAUGGAACAGUUUCUGUUGAACUAAGACAAACCUCCAUCUAAACCAGUCCCACUUGUUUCAUGAUAAUUCCUUUCUAAACAUUGUACUUGGGAGAAAAAGUGAACCUACUAGUCAUGAAGAGGAAAUGGGCUGUUGAAGAAGAGAUGUAUUUGUAGGGAUGACUAGUAUAGUAGCCAUAUACAAGAUAAAUUUAUGUUCAGUUAUUGUGUAUGAGAUGAGGUGAAAUUGGAACUUGAUAUAAAAGUCUUAGCUGCAGACUAGAUAUGAUUGUAAACUUUUAAAUAAUUGGCAUAUGGUACUGAUGCUGCUGAUGAUGCCAUGGAAGUUGAAUUUUUAGUUAUUGACUUAAUUGUUCC